CCACCCUCGUUAGCUGUCUACAAAUUUAAGAACGGGGUGGUGGUGGUGUCUUUUAUCCACGAAACACUGAUACAUAAGGAUCGGGAUUUAUUAUAUCACGAGAUAUGGCAGAGUCGGGGUUACUUCGGUUUGCUUCGGUUUCCUUCAUAUACAGUGAGCUGCAGCAGAGGGCCCAGGACUUCUUCGACGAUCACGACGGUAUCCUUGAUGACGUCUUCCGGUUAGGGCUGUUUUCCUUUCUCGCCGUCCCUGUUACGACCUGGCUGUGGCGUCAGUACUACCAGCAUGCCAAGGACCCCCGCAGCAAACUGCCCCUCCCCCCAGGGUCUAUGGGCUUUCCUUUGGUGGGCGAAACAUUGUCCAUCAUAGCUAAAGGUUCUGACUUCUUCCUGUCUCGGAGGGAACAGUACGGCCACGUAUACAAGACUCACCUACUGGGACAGGCUACCAUCAGAAUCAUCGGGGCUGAUAAUGUACGCCAUAUUUUGAUGGGGGAACACAUCACUGUUGAGAGCAGCUGGCCUAAAUCACUCAAGCGUCUGAUGGGGCCUGGUGGACUACUGAACGCAACUCCUGACAGUCACAGGAUCAGGAAGAAGCUACUCCUCCAGGCUUUAGCUCCUGCAGCAAUACAAGGGCAUGUUCCAAGAAUUCAAAAACUUGUCAGAAGCCAUAUUUUAGACUGGUGCAACAAGGGGGAACAACUCGGAACUGAUAUUUGCAAAAGUUUGGCGAUGUCAGUUGCUGCCAACAUCCUUAUUGGAUUUGAUGUCGAUGAUCAGAACCUCCAGUCAAUAAUUAGUUCUUUCCAGACUUUCAGUGGCAACUUGUUCUCAUUGCCAUGGGAACUACCCCGAUCAGGACUGUCCAAGGGUCUAAAAGCACGAGAACAGCUCAUAAAGGAAAUUAAGAAAAGACUGCAGUGUGAGACACAACACUGGUCCCUUGUUGAUGAACUGAAGAAUCUUGAUGAAACGGCUGCCACACUCACAGCAGACGAAUUGGCAGACGCCAUCUUGGAAUUAUGGUUUGCAGGGAACGACACCAGUUCCAGCACGUCAAAUUCAACACUACUGGCUUUAGGUAAAGAUGAUGGUUUCCGAAAACGAAUCGAAGAAGAACUGGCCGAGAACGGACUGUUGAAUUCUGAAGAUGAGCUGACGUUUGACAGUUUAAAGAAGCUGACCUACGUAGAUCACGUGGUGAAGGAGGUGCUCAGAGUGUAUCCGCCUGUUGGUGGUGCCUUCAGGAGAGUCAAGAAAACAAUGGAGAUUGAGGGCUUCCAGAUUCCAGAGGGAUGGUCUGUGAUCUACAGUAUCCGGGACACGCAUCAAACCACCAAACUCUUUGAAGACAGGGAGGAAUUCCAACCGGAUCGCUGGAAUGACAUGGACAAGGAGACCCGUGAGCAACGGUUCCACUACAUUCCUUUUGGAGCAGGUGCCCGAGCAUGUCCUGGUGAAAAGUUUGCCAGAAUGUUUGUAAAAAUCUUCAUUGUGGAACUGAUAAAGACAUGCACAUGGGAACUAAAGAACAAAAACCCUAAGAUUUCCUAUUUUCCAGUAACAAAGCCUUCAGAUAAUCUCCCUGUGACCUUUCACCUUCGUCAGGAUUUUGACAAGGCCGUGUAGGAAAAAGGGUAGAUAGACAAACUGUGGUGAUUUUAUUGCUGUAAUGACAAUUACAAUCAAAACUGUACAAGGGGCUUUUCAAUCUAGGGGACCUCCAGGUGGUAGAGACAAGUCAACCUGAGUUCCAGGUGAUGUUUUAAGAUACGUUUAAGCCAUCGGUUGGCUACCUUUAACACAGUAUACAAAAGAAAAGAUGGGCAACGAAGAUGAGUAGUCAAAUUGAGGUCACGGAAUUUUGACAAGUCUAUUUUCCCAAUUUAAAAAAUAAUCAUAUAUUACCUCAUAUUACAGCACAUGCACAUGAGACACUUCAUCCAUUUCAUCAAACCACAUUUGUUUGACCCCUUGAUGAUAUUCAGAAGUUCAUUCAUGUAUUGACAGUCUAUUUAGUUAUGACUGAUGUUUAUGUUUAGUGCUAUCUGUUUGUGCCAUACUUGCCAACUUGUUGAUAUUGUUUGAUAAGAGCUCUCUUUUAUGAUUAUGAUGCCACAUUGUAAGUGCUAUUUACCUGUGCCAUAGGACUUUAGUCCCACAUACCACUAUGCAUUAACAUUCAGUGCACUGAGUCCCAUCAACCAUCCUAAUUCAGACACAUUAACUCAAUCCCAAGUCAAAUGCAAAGUAGAAAUUUAAAAAUACAUCUCAUCGAUUUGUCCUGUGUCAUUGAGAGAGGGAGUGAGGGCAAACUCGAUUGCGGAAGUAGAGAUAUACCACUUCCCAUCACAUAUGUGUAUACAGCAGUUUAGUGGAUGUCUUUAAGGAGUUAACACACACAUACUACGGGGUUGAGGUCUUUAUUGCAGAUGCCAAAGAUCAAGGAUCUUAAGAGUGAGUGAGUGAG